AUGUGCAAAUAUCUUAUGUCGAAGCUAUGGCCGAACCGUCGCCGCAAAAAGGUUCAAGUGUCGGCUGCCUUGCCGGGGCUCCCUGCAUCAGAAGCAGAAGGGCAGGAUUCUAUUAUCGAUGGAGGGGUAUUUCGCUUGGGAAAUGCUCCUAUUCAGGUCCCCACAGCUUCGUCAACAGAUCCUCCCGGUCCAUCUAGUUCUCCACGCCCCACAGGAACUACGGAAGCACAGAGUUCGAAUUCUAUUGAUGACGCUAUUAGGACUAGUGCACAUGCUAUAGCUACAAAACCCUUUGCGAUCGCAUCGUCGAGUGGUUCAGGUACAUAUAUACCUGAAGUAAAACUUGAACCGGCUGCUCCCGCGGUAACCUUAACAAGACCGAAAAUAUCUACGGAAACUGAUUCAACAGUAUCAACUCCUAACAGUGGGGUCCUUGGGACCUCUGCUGCUACACCCAGUCGAGCUUUAAACCUAUGGAGGCUUGCUGUAGAUAAGUUGGAAGACGAAACUCGAAAAAAUAUCGCUGGGUCGGGGGAUGACAUUGAUCUAGUCAAGGCCCUCAUUGAUGAGAUAAACAAGAAAAAGAAGGCAUGCAAUGCAAAGAGAUGGUUUUAUACAAACAGCAAGGGGGAAAAUAUAUUUUAUGUUGAAGCCCUUGUAGGGCAGCUCAACAAGUAUGCACAGCUCGGCGAUGUUGCUCUUCAGCACCAUCCUGAUAUCGUAGCACUCGCAUGGUCAGGCUUUAGGUUUCUCCUACAAGUUGGGACAGCUUACACAGGGGACAUGCGCACCGUUUCGGAAAGCUUGGAAUAUAUAGUGCGCACAUUGUUCUGCUGUGAUAUCUAUGAGAGAUUGUACUGUGGGACUAGUCAGCUUAGUGCGGUUCAGUAUCUCAAUACGUCACUUGUCGACCUAUAUGUUUCUAUCCUAAAAUACCUCUGCUACGUUAAGAAAUACCUCGGCGAGAACACCGGAACUCGUGUGCUCCAAAGCUUUUUUUCGGAUUUGAAGACUUUCUUAGAUAUUAUCCGAGAGAAGGAAAGCUUAGUGCUGGUAAAUGUCGAUAUCGCUGAGAAAGAAGCAUCCGCAGCAGAACGAAAAGAACAGAGACACGAAACCGGGAGGUUGAAAGCACUACUAGCGGAGAUAAAAGAGCCGCUUAAAAAUAUUAAGGACGCAGUGGAAGCGGUCUACAGAGAAAUUAAAAGGGAUAGGAAAUUGAAGAUUUUAAAUUGGUUAUCUGAAAUCAAGUUUAUCGACCACCAUCAAUUUGCUCGCGAACGUCGUCAGAAGAACACUGGACUGUGGCUGCGGGAGAACAAAACGUUCGUGGAGUGGAGGGAUUCUGAAUCAUCUUCACUUCUUUGGCUACGCGGGGACGCUGGAUAUGGCAAAACUACCCUAGUCUCCUACGUUAUCGACGAGUUACGAGAAAAUAUCGACAGAAAUGAAUGUGUUUUGGCGUAUUUCUACUGCAAUUAUAAGGAAGACGACCGCAGGAAACCAGAUACAGUUUUGCGUACUCUUAUCAAACAGUUUUGCUUAAAAGACCCUGGGGACCCUGAGGGCCCUGAGGACCCGAAUCUAGUUCCCGCACGUAUUUUGUCACUAUAUGAGCAAAGGGAGGGACAAGGACACGCGUCAGGCGGUCUUCGACAUCAGGAAAGCACCGAUCUCAUCCUAAAGCUAUCGGAAAUGUAUUUGCAAGUAAUUAUUAUUGUCGACGCCCUCGACGAAUGUUAUCAAGACACACGAAAUGUUUUGUUCUACGCCCUCAAGAGUUUAGUAGACGCUGGGAGCAAUAUUAAGGUGUUUUUAGCAAGUCGAUAUGAGCAAGAUAUAGAACGUAUGUUUGACGGCUAUAAGUGCCAUUAUAUCCAACCCUCGGACAACACCAAUGAUAUCAAUAAUUAUAUUGAUUUGCAACUCGAUUUACGUUGUGAUGCCCGGAGAUGUGGAGCGGAAAAGCUCCUGCUUGUUGGGGAAGUUGAUGAUGCGCUAAAGGAGGAGAUUAGCCGGACACUUAAAGAAAAGGCCAACGGAAUGUUCAUGUGGGUGAACCUACAGAUUUUAGCUCUGUGCGAGGAGCCAACUGCCAGUUGUGUUCGAGAAGCCCUUAAAAAGCUCCCAAAAGAUUUAAAAGAAACAUAUGACCGGAUCAUAGAGCGCACCCAGACGAACGAAAGCUACAGUCGUAUUGCCCAGUCGGUGCUGAGUUGGUUGCUCUCCGCCCAGGAGCCGUGCUCACUUUCAACAAUUCUUCAAGGUCUUGCUGUGGGCCCCGGCGAGGAUAAGUUUGACCCAGAUAUUCUUAGAUUAACCCUGCCUCGAGUACUCGAUUGUUGCAAAAACCUUAUCGUCAAUGAUAGCAAUACUCAGAACCUCCGGUUCGCUCACUUUUCGGUGCAGGAGUAUCUCCUCGGUAAUCCUAAAUUUAAAGAAGGGUCUAUAAACCAUGCCACCAUGGCGGAGAUAUGCCUGAAAGUACUUCUAUAUCAUCACUCAGAGUCCAAAUCCCGCCAAGAAAUAGGAUUCCUUAUGAAAUAUGCAAUCAAGCAUUGGGCGACGCACGUGCGAUUAUCAGGAUCUCCUCCGCAGUCCACUUUGUAUGAACGGUGCAUAGAGUUUUUAAAGCCAUCAACAGCUUAUAACUUAUGGGUUUCAGCUGCAAAAGAGGAAGACGAUCCUUUUAAGGUUUCUGAGACUACUUUCGUUUCUCCAUUUUGGGUAGCAUGUUAUUAUAGACUUUGCGAUUUUUUUAAUGUUGAAACGAGCAGCGAGAAAAUUUUGAAUGAGGUAAAUCAUCGUUCCUGGACACCACUCUCAUGGGCGGCGGAGAAGGGCCGCGACCAAGUGGUAAAACUGCUUCUGCGGGAUAGCCGCAUAGAUGUCAACAGAGCGAACAAGCGCGGCUGGACACCACUCUCAUGGGUGGCGGAGGACGGUCACGACAAGGUGGUAGAACUGCUUCUGGGGGAUAGCCGCACAGAUGUUAACAUAGCGGAUACUGAGUAUGGCCGGACACCACUCUUAUGGGCGGUACAGAAGGGUCACGACAAGGUGGUAGAACUGCUUCUGGGGGAUAGCCGCACAGAUGUUAACAUAGCGGAUACUGAGUAUGGCCGGACACCACUCUUAUGGGCGGUAGAGAAGGGUCACGACAAGGUGGUAGAACUGCUUCUGUGGGAUAGCCGCAUAGAUGUCAACAGAGCGGACAAGCACGGCCGGACACCGCUCAUGGGCGAGGGAAAAUAA